AAGUGCUACUUCAACUUUAAACUUUAUAUUUGAUUUUACUCUUAUAUACCCGGGUUCUGAUUUUUCUUUUAAUAUAUUAAAAACACUUAACAAUCAUCAUGUAUAUGGAGUUAUGAAUAGUCUCUGUAAAAAAGCUAUGGCUGUUGAAUUGGAUGCUGGCUCUGUAGCAAUGGAAUCACUUAAUAAUAAAAUUCAAGAUAAUGAAUUAAGUAAUUUAGAUGAUCAAGAAAAUGUCUCACAAUUUGAUGUAUCUACUAUACAAGAUCCGGUGAUUAGAAAAAGAAAAGGAGCACCAAGAGUUAGGCAUAUUAAAAGUUCUCUUGAAACAAAAAAUAUUCAAUCAAAUACCAAGAAAGAGAAAGCCACAUGUUUUUGUUCUUGCUAUAAGCAGCCUAAUCAUUAUGCUAAAACUUGCACUGUAGAUCUUUAG